UUAGGGUGGGAUGUUAGCAUUAGCAUGAGCAUUAGCACAGCGGGCUAAGCAACCGACCGGAGUGUAAUGGCGACCUCGGUGUUGUUGGGCUCUGCGACGGACAACACCGGACUCGGCUUCGCGGUUAGUAGCGGCGGGACCGGUGCCGGCGCGGGGGGCGUCCUCGUGGCCGGUAACAACGGGCUGACGUCGGCGGCGGGCCCGGUGCCGUGGAACCGUUCUCUGGAGCGGGCUCUAGACGAAGCCUCGGCCACCGGCUGUCUGAACCUCAGCGGCAGGAAGCUCAAGGAGUUCCCCCGCGGCGCCGCCAACCACGACCUGACCGACACCACCAGGGCCGACUUGUCCCGGAACCGCCUGUCGGAUCUUCCGGCGGAGGUGUGCCUGCUGGUGUCUCUGGAGAGUUUGAACGUCUACCAGAAUUGUUUGAGAUCUCUGCCCGAUCACAUGAUCAACCUGCAGGCUCUCACCUACCUGAACCUCAGUCGCAACCAGCUGUCGGCGCUGCCGGUGGUCCUGUGCAGUCUCCCGCUGAAGGUUCUGAUCGCGUGCAAUAACAAGCUGGUGGUGCUGCCUGAAGAAGUGGGCCAGCUGAGGCACCUGACGGAGCUGGACGUCAGCUGCAACGAGAUCAGGACGCUGCCUUCUCAGGUUGGCCAGCUGGAGGCGCUCAGAGACCUGAACAUCAGGAGGAACCACCUGGUCGCCCUUCCUCCUGAGCUGGCCGGGCUGCCGCUGGUUCGUCUCGACUUCUCGUGCAACAAGGUGACGUCCAUCCCGCUGUGCUACACGCGCCUGUCGCAGCUGCACACCAUGGUGCUGGACAACAACCCGCUGCACACGCCGCCCGCGCAGAUUUGCAUCAAGGGCAAAGUUCACAUCUUCAAGUUCCUCAACACGGAGGCCAGCAGGACGACCCCUGACCUGCCAGAACACGACAGAGCAACUUUCAACUCCGGCUCCUGCACGGAUGAGCUGUACUCUGGUCGUCCCUCCGGAGCCUUGGAUUCGGGCUUCAACAGUGUGGACAGUGGAGACAAAAGAUGGUCAGGAAAUGAGGACCUGUCCGAGGGUCCCGCUCGCGUGCCGGACAUCCACAAAGAGUUGAAGCGAGCGCCGCCGCCGGCCCACCUGCUGGCCAACGGCACACAUGAGCCGGAGCAGAUGGACUUCAUUGACGGCGGGGAGGAAGAAGAGGAGGAGGAGGAGGCGGUGAGGAGCGCGGCACGAGGAGCGGCGGGACGAGCCAGCCUCAGCUCGCAGUUCAUGGCCUACAUCGAGAGACGCAUCGGCGCUCCGGGUUCUCCGGGUAAAGGCAGCUUAUUCAAAAUCGACGACUCCGGACCGAGACCGGCCAGGACCGCGGCGGAUGGCGGUCCCGCCGUGGCGAGCGGCCACCUUCAGAGAGGCGCCGGCGUGGAGAGGAUGAGGCGAGAGGCUCAGCUGGCCGCCCUCAGGUACGACGAGGAGCGACACAAGACGCGCCCCCCGCAGCCGGACGCCAAGAGUCCUAACAAGUCCAGCCCGGACGGCAAGAACGUCUACCCCUUGAGACGCUCCACCCACACAGAUGACUCUGCACUCUUCGUGCAGGGCGAAGAGCGGAGCGGCCUCUCGCCGAGCGGCAACCCCGGCUCGGGGGACGCUGCUUCCUGUCGCGGCCUCGGCGUACGCCCGGAGAGCUUUCUGUAUCGCCUCAGCCAGCGUGAAGAAAAGAGGAGAGGCGAUGCCCCGGCCUCCGCUCAGCACCCGCAAGAAGCGCCGGCCACCGUCCUUGGACACGAUGCCCAUCUGGUGGAGCAGCUCAGGAAGAACAUCGAGGGGCGGUUGAAGGUGUCGUUGCCGAGCGACCUGGGGGCGGCGCUGACGGACGGCGUGGUCUUGUGUCACCUGGCCAAUCACGUGCGGCCGCGAUCGGUGCCCAGCAUACACGUGCCCUCCCCCGCCGUGCCUAAACUGACGAUGGCCAAAUGUCGGAGGAACGUGGAGAACUUCCUGGAGGCGUGUCGCAGGAUCGGCGUCGCUCAGAGUGACUUGUGUCUUCCACUUCACAUCCUGGAGGAACAAGGUCUUCCCCUGGUGGCGGCCACCGUCAGCGCGCUUCUCCGCUUGGCCCCGCCCAGACACGCCGUCGCCACCAGCGGCACCACGAUGACCUCAUCCUCAUCCGGAGCCUCGCUUGCCAUGUAGCCGCCGCCGCAUAGUCACAACACACGUAAAGAUCCGCCCGCCCUCUUUAUGCGCCAGUUUGCGUUCUCGUUAGCAUAUCAUGACAGCAGCCCAUUGGCAAGGUUGCGUGGUUCCGUGUGUACUUGUUCUUUUUUUCACCUGACACACUCGUGCGAAAAAACAUCACGUGAUUGACAUGAUGUCACACGACUGACACGUGAGUGACCCUACCUGGGCUAUAAUCGUUGACCUGGUUAUUCCUAAUAACGUUUCACAUUGCUUAUGAGUACUGAAGUGUAUUACUGCCACGUUUCUUUUAUUUACAAGAAUGAUGACAUAGCUGCUACCUUUGAUACCUAAGACAAAAAGGACAUUGAUUGACAGUAGCCUGACCGUUAAUAUGUUUGGCCUUACAAGACGUGUGAUCGCAUUUGAUCUCUUUUGCCAUGAAAUUCAUCGCAUUGAAACGUGUAAUUGAUCACGUUAUAAACUGACAUUGAGUGUUUUUCUUUCUUGGUGGCAGCAAUACGCUUCCGUAUAUUGGCAACAAUUAGCAAAGAAUACUGAUGUUUUGGUGUUGAUUAUGUCUAGAUAGAUGUGUAGCGUGUGCGAAGAUGGUAGGCGUGCUGUUCACAGUAAACUGUUAGCCUUGGCGUAUGCAGCUUAUGUGAAUAUGUGGAAAGAAGCAGAUUAGAAGAAAACAAAAGCAUUUGAAAUGCAUCGGAACUUUGAACAUCCAAAUGUGUCUGAUUGGCUGGCUAACGCGUGCGUUGCUAACUAUGCUAUUGGUAAGAGGCGGAUGUCGGCUUGUGUUUUUUUUUUUUUUUUUGAUGUGUGUCACGUUUGUGUCUCUCAUUUUGCACCUUGUGUCUUUCUCAUCUUGGUCACUUACAAUGUUCCCCACACGGCCACGCUCGGCAGUCAUUUGAUUGCGGCAGGCCCCUGUUGCAUUCCGCGACAUUAGAUUGAUGAGGCUGCGCCGGCUGCCCAUUUGUGUACAAAUGUAUUGUGUAAAUACAAAGAUUGUGUAGUUGUGUAUAUAAAGCUAUGGAGACGACAGUGCGGCCUUUCUAAAUGACUUGUGUGAUUCAAACAGGCUUCAUAUGUGAGUAGAGAUGGUUACCACAGCAACGGUCGGAUUUCUGGAAAAGUACACUUUUUUUUUUCAAUCCAAAAAUGUUCGACACGUUUUCACUCAUGUCACUUACUGCUUUUAAAAAAAAGGUUUUAGAAUUCGGUUGUCUGUCAAAUAAAUAUUGAAAUUGGAA